AAACCACCUGCAUCAAGCACUAAUUACGAUAUAUAUCUCCUACCACCACGGAAGGGACCCCAAGGAACACAGAUGAUCAGCAACACAACCCGCAAAAUUACUCGCCGUAAACCCAUAUCAUCGCCAUAACAACGGACUACAAUUCCAACUGGCUCCAGACAAAAACCACCGCUCCGGCAGCCACCCAAGUUUCCAGUCGUAAUAUAAGCCCCACGUUCAGUCAACAUCAAGCACCAAGCCACCCUGAAAGACAAGCAAAGAUGUGCUACAUCCUCCUCUCCACCUGCCGCACAUGCACCUGGACGCUACGAAUCCGCUACACGCGCUGCAGCCACGCUCUGUUGCACAACUUCGAUCCAGCAAAGUGUCCGAACCGCAUGAAGAGACGGCGACAAAGCGAAAACAAGCUAUGCGGGAAGUGUGCUGCGCGACGGGAGAGUCUGAGUUGUCUGCCGCAGGACGUGGAAGGGGGAGGGAACUACGAUGCAAGACAGCCUGGAAGGAAGAGGACGAGCGGGGUUCGUUGUGCCGAGGAGGAUGGCGGGCAUGAGGAGGUAGAGAGUGAUGGGGGAGGGGUGGGUGUGCAAAGUGAGGUAGAGUGUAGUUUGAGUGUGGAGAGGAAGAGGAGGCGGAAGCAGAGGCGGACUGGUGCGAAGGCACAGUGAGAAGGCACAGUGAGAAGAAAAGGGAAAAGGAAGAAGAU